AUGGAUGCUGGGUGUGGAUUGGGAAGAGGGGGGCGAACUGCACGCACCACCGAGACUGCGGGCAGGGGAAGGGGGUCGCAGUCCUCCGAAGCCGCUCGGGGGCACAGCGCGCGCGCACAAGCGUGCACCCCGAGGGGCCGUGCACCUUCCUCCGGCCCCCGGACUUGUCCAGCCCUCGUCCCUGAGCUCAGCGGCCGGGAAGGGAGGGCAUCCGGCCCGUGGCGGCCCAGGAGGGGACAGAGCGCAGCGGGGUUGCCCACCUGCGCGCAGGGUGGCCGUUGCGGCCGGUGCGCCCGCCGGCUGCGCCGUCUCCGCCGUGUCCACUGCUGGAGGAGGUGGCGGCGGCCUGACCCUCGGCCUCCAAACGUCUCCUCGCUCCUCGGCAGCGGCGGUCCUCGCUCCCCUUCCUCCCUGACGUUGAGCCUCCCACCUAGCCCGCAGGUUCUGCCACCGUCCUUCAGCCCGCCCGAGCCAGAGCUGUCCUCCCCGCCCCUUUCCCGCCGCCCCGCGCAGCGCAGCGCAGCGCUCCGCCCCCCGCCCGCCCAUCCUCGCCCGGGCCCAGCCGGGGGCUGCGGGCCCCGCGCCUCCUGCCGCAGAUCCCCAGUCCCGGGCGAAGGAGGGUGGAGGGGUUCCGCCUCCACCCCGCGUUCCUACCCCGCUCCCCUCUUCCCCGGCCCACGGCGGCCGCCCGCACUCAGCCAGCGGCCAAGGGCGUGGGCACCGCGCGCUCUGCCCUCGCUCUUCCGGUGUCUCUUCACUCCCCGCGAGGCACCUUCCACGGCCCAGAGGGUAAAUGAGGACAACAUGGAUGAUAAACAGCAUGCUGGAGAAGAGGCUCUGAAGCAAAGAAAACAGUCUUUAGAAAACCUGAUGAUCCCCUUUUCAAGGCAAGGAUGACAAAUACCAGUAAUUAUGCAAAGAAUGACUGCUGCCUCUCUUCCCUCUGCUUUGGUUUUGUGGCCAGGCCUGCAUUUAUCUCUUUUGAACAUCAUAAUAAAAGUAAAGUAAUUCAGCA